AUGAUGAAGGAUGCGAAGUGGCCGCCCGCGGCGGCGGGCGUCGGUGGGAGGCGAGGGCCCCCCGCCUCAUCAUCAUCCGCCGCGGGGGCGGCGUACACCCUCCUCGCGUCCUCCCCGCCCACCAGCGCCAGCAACGACGGCUGCUCGCCGCACUACCCUCCCGCGCCCGCGUCCGACGACGACGGGCCCUCCUCGUUCGACGCGUCCGUUGCUGCAGCGAAGCUUCCGUUCCAGCAGAAGCAGCCGCACAGGAACAGCCCCCAACUCGGUGUCGCGGACUGGCUGCGGCUGCAGCGGCAGUCCAGCGGGAGCAGCGUCGGGGGCGACGACGGCGAGGUAUCCUCCACCGUCUCCUCCACCUUCGCCAACGCCGCAGAGUACAGGGACAAGGGCGACGCGGACCGCCCGCCGAGCAGCAGCAGCAAGAGCUGGGCGCAGCAGGCGGAGGAGGCCUACCACCUCCAGCUCGCCCUCGCGCUCCGCCUCUGCUCCGAGGCCUCCUCCGCCGCGGACCCCAACUUCCUCGACUCCUCCACCGCCGCCGCCGCCGACCACCUCCAGCACAUUGCAUCGCCUCAUUCCCUCUCCCACCGCUUCUGGGUCAACGGCAGACUGUCCUACUCCGACAAGGUCCCGGAUGGCUUCUACCUCAUCCAGGGGAUGGAUCCCUUCAUAUGGACGCUCUGCAACGACGUGCACGACGGCGGCCUCGUCCCCUCCAUUGAGUCUCUCAAGGCUGUCAAUCCCACCGAUUCUGCCAUCGAGGUGGUCGUCGUAGAUAAAGUGGCGGACUAUGACCUGCGGCAGCUGAUAAGCAUGGCCAUUGACAUUUCUCGGAAUCGUGCCGACUCCAAGGAGAUCGCCACUCGACUCGCUGCCGUUGUGUCCACAAAGAUGGGGGGAUCAGUAGCAGCUACCGAGGAACACGAGUUGGGUCCCCGGUGGAGAGACUCUGUUGGGUUCCUGAAGAUUAGCUCAGGGUCUGUUGUACUUCCCAUCGGAAAGCUAUCAAUUGGCUUUUGCUGCCACCGAGCAUUACUGUUCAAGACCCUGGCGGACUCCAUCAAUCUGCCCUGUCGCGUUGUGAAGGGAUGCAAGUACUGCAAAGCUGGUGCUGCCACUUCUUGCUUGGUGCGAUUUGGUCAUGACAGGGAAUAUCUAAUUGAUUUAAUUGGGAACCUAGGAUUCUUAUCUGAACCUGACUCCCUCUUGAAUGGACUAUUGUCCAUCUCGGUUUCUUCACCAUUGCGCCCACCAAAACAUGACUCAGCUGACAUUUCUGAUAAUUUCAAGUUGUUGGCCAAGCAAUAUUUCCUUGAUUGUCAGUCGUUAAAUCUCAUGUUCAGUGAUCCAGCAGCUGGAACGGUUAUCGACUUAGAUGAGCCUAUGGGAUCCAAUCUAGGUCCAAACUCAUCACAUGCAACAAACAGUGAUUGUCAAGCUACCUUUACUCAUCUUAAGGAUGGUACUCAACGCGGUAGUCAAGAUGGGAAUUUUAUAAUGCAGAGGAGUUCCCUAGAGGAUACUCAAUCUGGACUAAGUGAUCCCUUUAGCGAUAUGUCCCUUGAGAUAGAAGACUUGAUUAUCCCAUGGAGUGAGCUUGUUCUGAAAGAGAAAAUUGGUACAGGUUCUUUUGGUACUGUGCACCGUGCAGAUUGGAAUGGUUCGGAUGUCGCAGUAAAGAUUCUAAUGGAGCAGGACUUCCACCCAGAGCAUCUCAAAGAAUUUUUGAGAGAGGUUGCAAUUAUGAGAAGUUUGCGACAUCCGAACAUUGUUCUUCUUAUGGGCGCUGUCACUCAGCCACCUAACCUUUCAAUUGUGACUGAAUACCUGUCAAGAGGUAGCCUGUACAGACUUUUACACAGGCAUGGUGCAAGGGAAAAUCUGGAUGAGCGGCGCCGCUUGAGUAUGGCUUUCGACGUGGCAAAAGGGAUGAAUUAUCUUCAUAAGCGUAAUCCUCCAAUAGUCCACCGGGAUCUAAAGUCACCAAACCUGUUGGUUGACAAAAAGUACACUGUGAAGGUCUGUGACUUUGGUCUCUCCAGAUUGAAGGCAAACACAUUUCUGUCUUCCAAGACUGCAGCAGGGACUCCUGAGUGGAUGGCGCCAGAAGUUCUUCGUGACGAUCCCUCAAAUGAGAAGUCUGAUGUUUACAGCUUUGGUGUUAUCCUAUGGGAGAUUAUGACAUUGCAGCAGCCAUGGAGUAAUUUAAAUCCAGCUCAGGUCGUAGCAGCUGUUGGUUUCAAGGGACGAAGGCUUGAGAUCCCAAGCAGUGUUGAUCCGAAAGUGGCGGCAGUAAUUGAGUCCUGCUGGGUCAGAGAACCCUGGAGACGACCCUCUUUUGCUAGUAUCAUGGAAUCCCUGAAACCUCUCAUCAAGACAUUACCACCCAAUCAACUCCUGGAAGAAAAUUAG